AUGAGAGAGGUUAUUAGCAUCAAUGUCGGCCAGGCUGGCUGUCAGAUUGGCAACUCCUGCUGGGAGCUGUACUGCCUGGAACACGGCAUUCAGCCCGACGGAUACCUGGAUAAGACCCAUAACAAAUCCUCGCGUGACGAGGGUUUUUCGACUUUCUUCAGCGAGACUGGCGCAGGUAAGUACGUGCCCCGCACUAUUUACGUGGAUCUCGAGCCUAAUGUGAUCGACGAGGUCCGAACCGGCAAGUAUCGGUCUUUGUUUCACCCUGAGCAGCUCAUCACUGGCAAAGAGGACGCGGCGAACAAUUACGCCCGCGGUCACUACACGGUAGGCAAAGAGAUUAUUGACGAGGUCAUGGACCGCAUUCGUCGCGUUGCAGAGAACACCGGUGGUCUCCAGGGCUUUUUGUUCACCCACUCGUUCGGAGGCGGUACGGGAUCCGGUUUUGGCGCGCUUCUGCUGGAACGCCUGUCGGCCGAUUUUGGCAAAAAAUCCAAGCUGGAGUUUGCCGUCUACCCUGCUCCUCAGAACUCUACUUCUGUCGUUGAGCCCUACAACUCGGUUCUCACCACGCACACUACCCUUGAGCACUCCGACUGCACAUUCAUGGUCGACAACGAGGCCAUCUACGAUAUGUGCCGGCGCAAUCUGGAUAUUUCUCGCCCCACCUACGAGAACCUGAACCGUCUGAUCGCUCAGGUUGUGUCGUCGGUCACUGCCUCGCUUCGAUUCGAUGGCUCGCUGAACGUCGACCUCAACGAGUUCCAAACCAACCUGGUGCCAUACCCGCGUAUCCAUUUCCCUCUUGUCACCUAUGCUCCUGUUUUCUCUGCUGCCAAGGCCCACCACGAGUCCAACUCCGUUCAAGAGAUCACCAAUGCCUGCUUCGAGCCCACCCACCAGAUGGUAAAGUGCGACCUGAAGAACGGCAAAUACAUGGCCUCUUGUCUGCUCUAUCGCGGUGACGUCGUCAACAAGGAUGUCCAGCAGGCGGUUGCCAACAUCAAGGCCAAGAAAUCGAUCCAAAUGGUCGACUGGUGCCCCACCGGCUUCAAGAUCGGUAUCUGCUACCAGCCCCCCCAGUACGUUCCUGGUGGUGACUUGGCCAAGGUUGAUCGUGCUGUGUGCAUGCUUUCAAACACCACAGCCAUUGCCGAUGCCUGGAACCGUCUGGACCGCAAGUUCGACCUCAUGUUCGCCAAGCGCGCGUUUGUCCACUGGUACGUUGGCGAAGGCAUGGAGGAAGGUGAGUUCACAGAGGCCCGCGAGGAUCUCGCGGCUCUCGAGCGCGACUACGAGGAGGUUGCAGCCGAUUCUAUGGAUGCCGAAGACGAUUUGGCCGAGUACUAA